AGGACAUUUAUGACAGUCGUUUCUGGGGGUGUGGAUUGGGGGUGUAAAUGACUUGAGGAGAGGUUAUGGAUCUCUGCUGUGCAUUAAAAUAAGAGUCUUUAGUCGUCUCUGUUCUCAGGAGAAACACUGCUGACUGCUCAGCCACAGAAAACACAAACCACUGUUAAAUACAGGAAGUGCUGAUAACCAGCUGCCUCUUCCUUUCUCUGCGUCACUUUUUGCUGGAUGAACACUCGCUUCAGUCCCCCAGGCCCCCGACAGGUUUCCUCACUGCUUCGGUUUCGGGGUUCACAGAAUGAGACUACUGCUGCACAGGAAACUCUGCCGGGGGUUUUGAAGUGAAUCAGCCAUCUGAAGGGCAGACCAGAAACCUGCAGGGGCAUGUCCUCCUCCCUCUGCACAUCCAGAUACAUCAGCUGGUGUGUGGACUCAGUGGCUGAGUCGCCAACACCCGUCAUUACUGCUCCGACAGCUACAGGAGAACUUUCUCACCCAAACCAUCAGUCGCCUGGCUCAGGAUCAGUCCCACUCCUCCUUCUGUCACCACCAGAAAGCAGCAGAGGAGAAACAACACUGUCCCAUCAACCUCCACAGCCAGCACCACAGAGGACACAUCACAAGACCUCUGCACAUUCCCAUCCGUCCCGCUGCAGCCCUCGCUCCAGCUCUGCUUUGUACAACAUAGACAAAGCCACCAAUAGUCACAGUGAUGUGAGUGAGGAUGAUGAUAGUGAGGAAGGCAGAAAGGGGAACUCAAGACCCCCUGAGACUGAAAGUAGGAGUGAGGAGGACCGGUCUCUUCUGCAUCCAGAGGCUGAGAGGUUCCUCCUCCCCAGGAGCAGCCCGGUCAUUUCCAGACGCCACAGGCCCAUCUCCUGGCAUGGAGGGGAAACAGACACAACGAAUCCACCAAGCUUGGACUCAUCUCCUGCUGCUGGUUCACUGUCUCUGCAUCAGCAUGGACGCCCGACAGGAGGCAGUAUGGAGGACCUGGGAUCCAAACCCAGUUCCGGUCACCGCUCGUCCCCUCGCCAGGAGGAGAAGAAGCAGCGCUGCAUCUCAGUCUCAUCAAAUCUGAACAAUUUUCUUAUCUCUCUGUUCCACCUGCCCUUCAGUGGACAGCAGGGUGACGAGCACAGAGGGCAGCGGCGAACCAGCUGUGAUGCCCCUCGCACACCAGGCCUCUCUACCUCAGCCAAACACAGUAAACAGAGGAGUUGCAGCGGUAUCCCAGAAUCCUCUGCAGACAUCUUCAAGACCAGCUGUGAGCUGGAAAAGGAAAACGCUCAUUUCAUCGUGGUGGACAUGGUGCUGGAGGUGCUGGAGGGUGUAAAGUGGACUCUGAGCUGCGACCCACGGACCUCAACCCAACACACAGACUACAAUAUGUGCACACACAGACACACAAACUCUGCAGAGGACUGUCUCACACGUGAACACAAACAGAGAUGUGAAACACACAGACUCACACAGAGCUGCAGCAGCAGACAGAGCAGACAUUCAGAGAAGAUGUCACACAGAAACACACACUCUUCUAAUGUGCACACAAACCGACACACUGAGGAUAAAGAGGAGGAGGAGGACACAGGCAACGAUGAGGCUGAGCAUCAACCUAAGACCUUGUCUGUCCUCUCCACCGACAGUGGAUUUGAAGACUGUGGAGUAGACACUACACUGACACCAAAAGAUUCUCUCAGAAACGCAGAGUGGCUGGCCCAGCAGCUGGUGCUGGAGUUCAGGAGGAGCUGGCUUCCUUCCCGUGAGCCUCGGCGUGGACGGCAGAGCCUCCGUAGCUCACUUCAGGAGCUGCCAGGUACUGGGAGAGUGGCGGUGAGUGGCGACAGCCUGACAGAGGAGAUCAGACUGAGGACCAGGAUGAGAGGAUCCCUGAACUGGGCUCCUCCUCGCUUCCAGAUCAUCUUCACAGUUCAGCCAACGCUCAGACGCAGUGAAGUCGUGGGCUUACAGCACUUCCUGUGUGCAGGCUGUGGGACUGAGGUGGAGCCCAGGUACAUCAAGAAACUGCGCUAUUGUGAAUACCUGGGCAGGUAUUUCUGUGACUGCUGCCACAGCGGCUCUGAGGCUGUGAUCCCUGGUCGAGUUCUGUCCUGCUGGGACUUUGGCAGGUAUCCUGUGAGUGAUUUCUCCAAACAGCUGCUGGACUCAGUUUGGCAUCAGCCUCUGUUUGACCUGACCUGUGUUGGUAAGACGCUGUGCAGCAGAGUGAAAGAGCUGGACAAGUUCAGGGAGCUGCAGGAGCAGCUGCUGGUCAUCAAGAAGCUGCUGAGAGCCUGCAGAUUAUCUGAGAGGGUGAUGAGUGAGUUUGAGCAACUUCCUGCUCACCUGAUCUCUGAGCAGCCACAUGUCUUCUCCAUGGACGACCUGCUGAGGGUGAAGAAGGGUCAGCUUGUGGCGCAGGCCAAGGCGCUGCAGCACUCUGCCAUCAGUCACAUUGAAAACUGUGAGCUUUGUCUGGCCCGAGGUUUUAUCUGCGAGUUCUGCAGAGAAAACGACAUCAUCUUUCCCUUUCAGAGAGACAUAUGUCGGCGGUGUCCGGUGUGCAAGGCCUGCUUUCACAAGCACUGCUUUGUGGAAAAGAAGUGUCCAAAAUGUGCACGGAUCCAGUCACGGAAAAAACACUCAGAUGGAUGUGUGACGUGCAACGACUGAACAGCUGCAGCUCAGUGUCUCGACGUUUAAUGUAUCCCAGUCAGUGGACUCAUUUUGAAUUUUCAUGAAACAAAAAUGAAAGCCCUUUAAAAAAUGUUACAUUUAAUGUUAAUUCACAUGCAGAUAGUCAUAUGAGCAGAUGUAGAUGUUUACAGGUCUUUUAUUACAGAGCUAUGAAUAAUAAAUUUCACUUUAAUUGUAAUAAACUGCAAGCCCAAGCCCAAGGAGUACCUGGAACUUUUGAUUUCU